AUGCUUAGAAAACGAAACCAACAGAAGAAUGGGUUGGAUCGUUGCUUUUCAAAUGGUAAGAAAGGAAUUUCAGAUUGUGGACCUGCAGUGCAAAAUACUGAAGGAAGAAUCAAUGAUAAUGAGAUGAAGGAUACACAAGGGGUAGAACUUCCAAAUAGUAACCCUUCAGUCAUGCCUCAAACAAAGAGCAGGAAUGAUACAAGUCACAUGCAAGAUGAGAAGAAAAGUAAGAAAAAACCUAAGAAAUCUCAUCGAAGAGAAAACAAAAGCAUGGAUGCAGCACAUAGUGAAAAGCCGGCACCUGAAGAAGGCAAGACUGAUAUGCCUACAGUUGAAGUUUCUGAUGUGAGAGAAAAAAUUGAAAUUGCCCCAGAGAGUACUUUCAGCUCUCCAAAUUCGACCACUUUUGCUGACUCACAGAAUGAGUUGCUCGCAGAAGACAGAAUGGGUAAUGUAGAGUUUACGGAUACUAAGAUUUUUAAAUGGAUGAGGACUUGUGCUCUUGCCAUAUCAAAGGCAUCUAUUGAAUGGGUGGAGAGGCACAAACCUAUGUUUGUCGCUCUCAAAACUAAUGCACUAAAGAUACACAACUAUGUUCGAAGGAUGAUUGAGCAUGUGCAACCUAUUGUCUUCAGAUGGAUUGUGUAUUUUGGUAAUACAAUUCUUCUUCUGUUGAUGGUUUGGUUGGACUGUGCUAUCAGAGGCGUGGAAUCCUUGCUGCGCAUGGGGACAACAUCAGUUUUCUCUAUCAUUUGGUUUGGUGUCCUCUCAACAGUUGCAAUGGUCGGAAUGACGAAGUUUCUGAUAAUACUGGCCAUCACUGCUGUAAUUGGACUGUUCGCUGGUUUCGCACUUGCAAGUGUGUUUAUUUUCUUUGCUGGAGCGACUUUCUUGUGGUUAUAUGGAAGCUUUUGGACAACUGGACUAACUAUUACUUUGGCAGCAGGGUUGGCAUUCAUACUGAGCCAUGAUCGCAUUGCAUUGUUUAUUACAACCGUGUAUUCAAUGUAUUGUGCAUGGACAUAUGUUGGAUGGCUUGGCGUGCUUGUUGGCCUGAAUUUAUCAUUUAUUUCAAGUGAUGUUCUUCUAUACGUCCUGAGGAAUACUUUAGAACAAAGAAGGCCCGACAUUCAUGCAGAACAAGCAGCUGGAAUGCAAGGUGAACCAUCCUUUUUUUCCCAUGAGUCGAUGCACGCUUCAUCUAGUGGAAUUGGUACUGAUGUACCAGAUGAUCGUAAUCCUGGAAUACCUUCAACUAGUAAAUCUGAUUCUGAAAUGACAUCUGAAGAUGAAGUUGUUAGGUUGUUGAACUGUAAAGAUCAUUAUUCUGCAUUGGGCUUGUUCCGGUUUCAGAAUGUAGAUGUCUCCGUAAUCAAGCGGGAAUACAGGAAAAAGGCAAUGCUUGUCCAUCCAGAUAAAAAUAUGGGAAACGAGAAGGCUGCAGAAGCUUUCAAGAAACUUCAAAAUGCCUAUGAGGUUUUACUGGAUUCCAUCAAGCGAAAAGAAUAUGAUGAUGAAUUGAAGAGGGAAGAGCUGCUGAAUUUUUUCCGAAAUAUCCAGAAUGGUUCUCAAGAGAAUAAAGGGCGCGGCUUCGCUACCUCUAGCUUUGCACGCCCAGAAGCAGAUGGGGAGGACCCACUUGGGGAGUUGAGAAGAAUUGCGUGCAGGAAGUGUGGCUACUUUCAUGUCUGGGUUCACACCAAGAAACCAAAAUCUAGAGCGAGAUGGUGCCAGGAUUGUAAAGAUUUUCAUCAAGCUAAAGAUGGGGACGGGUGGGUCGAACAGUCCUCACAGCCUCUCUUCUUUGGAAUACUGCAGAAGGUAGAACCUCCUGCUGCAUAUGUCUGUGCUGAUGGCAAAAUUUACGAUGCAACUGAAUGGUAUAUAUGUCAGGGGAUGAGAUGCCCAGUCAACACUCACAAGCCUAGUUUUCAUGUAAACACAAGUGUUAUGUCAAAGAAUAGCAAUGGGAAGGGAUCAAAUUCUGGACAAAGCAGAGGUGGGAUUCCGACACAUAAUAUGGAAGAGACAAUGACAGAGGAGGAAUUCUUCGAGUGGUUACAAAAUGCAAUGCAAUCUGGCGCGUUCGAAAAUUUUGCUGGCAGUACUAGUACUUCUGAGAACCCACCUAACCGAAAUGUUCCCAAAACCGGGGGUGGCAAUAGUAGCAGUGCAGGCAGCAAGAGAAAGAAAAAGGGAAAGAAGCAAUGGAAGUUGGUCAUGAAGUUCAUUACAUGUGGCAUGGCCAGGGAACAAGCAGCUGGAAUGCAAGGGCAACCAUCCUUUUUUUCCCAUGAUCCGAUGCAUGCUACAUCCAGUGGAAUUGGUGCUGACAUACCAGAUGCUCGUAAUCCUGGAGAACCUUCAACUUGUGGGUCUGAUUCUGAAGUGACAUCUGAAGAUGAAGUUGUUAGGUUGUUGAACUGUAAAGAUCAUUAUUCUGCAUUGGGCUUGUCACGUUUUCAGAAUGUAGAUGCAUCUGUAAUCAAGCGGGAAUACAGGAAAAAGGCGAUGCUUGUCCAUCCAGAUAAAAAUAUGGGAAAUGAAAAGGCUGCAGAAGCUUUCAAGAAACUUCAAAAUGCUUAUGAGGUUUUACUGGAUUCUGUCAAGCGAAAAGAAUAUGAUGAUGAAUUGAAGAGGGAAGAGCUGCUGAAUUUUUUCCGAAAUAUCCAGAAUGGUUCUCAAGAGAAUAAGGGGCGCGGCUUUGCUGCCUCUAGCUUUGCACGCACAGAAGCAGAUGGGGAGGACCCACUUGGGGAGUUGAGAAGAAUUGCAUGCAGAAAGUGCAGCUACUUUCACAUCUGGGUUCACACCAAUAAGCCAAAAUCUAGAGCAAGAUGGUGUCAGGAAUGCAAAGAUUUUCAUCAAGCUAGAGAUGGGGACGGAUGGGUCGAACAGUCCUCACAGCCUCUCUUCUUUGGAAUACUGCAGAAGGUAGAACCUCCUGCUGCAUAUGUCUGUGCUGAUGGCAAGAUUUACGAUGCAACUGAAUGGUAUAUUUGUCAGGGAAUGAGAUGUCCAGCCAACACUCACAAGCCUAGUUUUCAUGUAAACACUAGUGUUAUGUCAAAGAACAGCAAUGGGAAGGGAUCAAGUCCAGGACAAAGCAGAGGUGGGAUUCCGACACAUACUAUGGAAGAUGCGAUGACAGAGGAGGAAUUUUUCGAGUGGUUACAAAAUGCUAUGCAAUCUGGCACGUUCGAAAAUUUUGCUGCCGGUGGUAGUACAUCUGAGAAUCCACCUACCCGAAAUGCCCCCAAAACCGGGGGCAGCAAUAGUAGCAGUGCAGGCAGCAAGAGAAAGAAGAAGGGGAAGAAGCAAUGCAUUUUGCCCAAAUUUUGCUUGUGA